AGUCUCUCUAUCCUCACACUUCGUGCUAGUGGACUCCUUUCAUCUGGAUGUCAAGACAGCUCGAGGUCUCACAGUAUUAAAAUUUUUCUCUAUCCAUUCUGAGAGAUGGCACGCUUGUUUCGAUAUUUCCAGGGAGAUCCUGUUGUGACAUCCUCUCCCACUGAAGUUCGUAUGUGGGUAGAAGAAUUGGAUUAUAGUUUUCUUGCAUAUGGAGAAAUCUUCGAAAGUGCAGAAAUCAACGGAGAGAAGUUAUUAAACAUUACCAGGAAGCAGCUCAACGAGCUUGGAAUAGUUCAAGCUGAACACCAGGAUAUACUACUGAAAGCAGUUUAUCGUAUUCGUCAAAAGGGUAAAGUUGAAGAGCAAGUUAUGUCAAAAGAAGACCAGAAUAUCAGAAAGAUGCCUACCAGAUUUGGAAAAGAAAGUGAACAACUUGAGCGUGCUAUUGAUCGUGUUUUUGUAACAAUAUCGGAAAGAAGAUUGGCACGUAGUCUCCAUGGCACUAGUGAACAGCCACCUCAUAGAGUUCUUACAGCUACCCUUGACCUGGUUAAUAUUGCCAGCAAGAUAUUAAACAUUCUGGAAAGGCCACCAUUUGAUUGCAUGUCAGAAUUUUCCAGUCUGAAAAAUCAUCUCAUUAAACACAUCACAUUACUGAAACAUUAUUCUGAACAGGCUGAUCUUAGCCAUGAAAAUGAAUCUCAUAUAAUAGAUGUGUGCAAGGAUGUGAAUAAAAUGUGCCGCUACAUAAUUGCUCUGCCACCUGAUCUUCCAAAACCAGAAAUACAAGUUCCAGGAUCUGUUCUCCUUGAAGAGAGACCACCAAGGGUGCAAGUGCCAAUUACCACUGAACCUAAAGCAAUGAGUUCUUCAGUGAAACGUAAAGCUGAUUGUAGUCUACUUUCCCAUCAUCUAUCAAUGCCAAUAACUACAACAGUUUUAUCAUAUGGACCUCCCAUUCAAUAUACAUCCCUUCCAAGUCAAAGAGUCUCUGAGAGUUAUUCAUUUUCACAAAGAGUUGACACUCCAAGUGAUGAAGGAGGAGUUAUACUGGAACAUGAUAAAGGAAGCAAAUCUGAAACAGAAAUUUCUGAUACAAAUGCAUCUGAAACUUUGGGGGGUUUUUUUUACUAUAAAACUUUCCAAGACCUAACAAUUAUUGAAAGUGAUACUCCUCUUAUGGACUCUGGUUCUGAAAGGUGUAUGAUUGAUUCUGACUCUGACAGAGGCGUUGUGUCAGAUUUUGAGUUAGAACAGUAUUCUGAUUCAGAAAAGUCUCCUAGGGAUUCAGACUCUAGAAAACACCUGAUAAAAGCAGAAAAUGAUCAAAUGGAGUCAGUUUCUAUUGAAGACUUGACUAAGACCGGGCAACAGCUAGUGAGAAUUGAACAGUGCCAGGUGGAAUCUGGAUCUCUGACACAGUGGGUGCCUUCAGGCUCAAUAAAGUUACUGGAAGAUUCUGACUCUGCAAGAGACUCUGACUCUGAUAAUGAAAGGAAGAAAGAAGAAAAACGUCAAAUGGCUUCAGAUUCUAUUAAACGUCUAUUGGCAUCUGAGAAAACAAUGAUGGAUACUGAAAGUUUCUGGAUGAUUCCUGAUUCUGAGAGUUAUGUAGUGGACUUAAGCACAGAAAAAGGUAGAGCAUCAAUAUCUAAAGUACAUCUGAUAGAGGUGGAAAAUACAGAAAGGCGAAGAUCUAAGAGAUAUAUGGAGGACUCUGACUCUGAAACAAGUGAGACAGACUUAGAUUCAGAAAGACAUGAGCUAGCCUCAGCAGCUCUGAAAUAUUUCAUGGAUACAAAAACUUCUAGGAACAAGUUCCCAAAGGAUUCUUGGUCUGAAAGAAGAACACUGAACUCAGACUCUGAUAGCCCUGUGAUGUCCUCUGAUUCUGCGAAGCACAUGAAGAAGGCUGAAACAUGCAAAAGUACCUGUAACUUGGAAAGACUCAAGGUGGCUCACAAAUCUGAGUCUCUGCAGGAAUGGUUAGAUGCUAAAAGAAAACAGUUAGAUUCUUGUCAUAGUGGACACUGGGAUAGCUCUGGAAAAUAUCAGUUUAAGUCUAUAGUGCCUCAGUAUAGCAUUGGAAAAUGUCAGGGUGACCUUCAAACAUUUCAGAGUGUCACUGAAAAAGAUAACGUAGACUCCAGUUCUGAAAAAUAUCAGAAAAAAACCGGCAAUGAAAGUGAUCAAAGGGACCCUGAAAGUAAAAGACACCCCAUAAAGAGAGAGAAGGGAUUUGACAAUAAGCGGUCUCAAAUGGAUAAGGAAAGAGAAGGACAUCUCAUGGCGUCUGACUGUCGUGAUUCAGAAAAUGAAGCACACCGGCUUGGUGCUCGUAGAAAGGAAAAUCGUCCUCCAGGUUUUUGGAGGCCUGUUACCCUGACUCCAAAGCUUGGCCAGGAAAAGAAAAAUGAAGAGCAUAAGUCUGUACAUCAAAAAGAUAACAGAUUUUGCAGAACUCAGUUAACAAGCUACAAGAGUGAAGACAAAACUGUGAGACUCAAAGAGGCAUCUUCAAGUCUCAGUGACAAACAACUCUCACAGGAAAAAAUAAAGGAAAAGCUCAGCUAUAGCUUUUCUCCAGACUCUCACACAUUCACAGAUGAAAAGUAUCACAGAAAAGCCAGCCAGAAAAUAUCUGUCUAUAAGCGCCAUUGCAGGGAGUAUAGAUAUGCCCAUGGUUAUGAGAAUUUUAGGUAUCAAAUUACUCCUAUUCCUCCAAGUUCUGAGUCUUCCACCUCUAAUGUAUCAUCACGUGUUGGCAGCCCAAAUUCUAAGAGUCUUAAGUCUGCCACAAGACAGAAGACACGAAGAAGUAUUACAUUUUCUUUGGAUGUGGAAACUAAAAAAUGUGCCAGAUGUUUUAUGGAAAUUAGUAACUCUUCUUUUCAUAAAUGCCCCACGAAUUCUGAUGAUUCUGACUCCGACUCUCCUUUACAUAGCCAGAUUUCCUCCGAUUCUAAAUAUUCUCUGAGAGCUAAAACUGUUAAACACUUCAAGACUGCUCGACAUAGCCCUUUAUCUCGAUCCCUGGAUCCUAAGCAUCGUGUGGGCAUCCGCUGCUCUCUGCACAGGGAAUAUUUCAGACAUUCUGUGGAUUCCACCUCUUAUUUACAUUGUGAAAGUUGUUCAGCUCUCCGAAAUCUUAAGAGUUCUGGUACUAACACCCUGCCUAUAAAAUCUGAAAAAAUAAUGGGCCAAUAUAGUACGUAUAGCCACAAAAUGUCAACACCAGUAAGAUUGUCUGAAAGUGAAAGCAAGUUCAACCUUAUUGCCCAACCUCAAAAUAAAGAUAAUCCAGAUGAAAGCCUUAUUAAAAUUAUCAGUGCUAGAAAUAUCAAAGAUGAGACUGAUGUUGAAGAGGAACUUCUUUCCAAGGAUGAGACAGACCAAGAAUAUGAGACAAAUACUGAAGAUGAAGCAGAUGCUGAAGAUGAAACAGACACUGAAGAUGAAGACAACAACAAAGAUAAGAAAGAUCCCAAAGACAAAUCUGACCCUGAUGGCAGUGAUCCUAAAGAUGGGAACUCUGAAAAUAAUACUGAUAGCAAUACUGGGUCUGACCCUAGUGGUGCUUCUGGGCCUACAAAUGGACCUGAUUCCAGCAAUGAUGGUGACUCUAAAAAUGUAACUGAUCACAACAAUGAAUCUUACCCUGCCAUUGAUAAUGCCUCCAACAGUGAUGUUAACUUGAAAUAUAGCACUGAUUUAGACAGUGCUUCUGAUCUGGCAGAAGAUUUCAAUCAGCAAAAUAAUGUUGACACCAAGGGUAGCACAAAUCCAAACUCUGCCUCUGGAAACAAAAAUAGAACCAUGCUGGACUAUAUUUCUCUUUCCAAAAAUGAUGUUGUCGUCCCUAGAAAUGACACUGGACAAGGAAACAAUAUUUGUUCUGAGAAUAUUAUUCCAAAUUCCAAUAGUCUUGACUACACCAAAAAUAAAACUGAUGCCAACAACAAUUCCAGCCCCUCAAACAGCCAUGGACUCCUACAAGAUCUUGAGUUUAACUAUACUACCAACUUCAGUGAUGCUACUGGUCACAAUGUUGUGAAUCCUAACCGUAUUUUUGACCCUACUUAUGGCACAGAAUCUACUAGCACUGCCAUUCACAAACAUACAACUGCCCUAAAAUAUUAUUCAGACCUUACUGGUGUCACAGGGUUUACAUACAAAGUAAGGUCAAGUUUUCUAAUCAACCCAAACUAUUUUGUCAGAAAGAAAUAUGCUACUAGACCCAGGUUUACACUUAGCGUUAUCAAUGCCAAUGAUACUAGCAACAUCACCAGCUGUACUAAUGCUAUUAACUCUCAGUUUACUGCUGGAAAAAACUAUGCUCCUGAAAAUAAACAUUUCCCUAGAUUUAGUCAUUUUAAUUGUUUUAACAUUAUCGUCAAAAAUAUUCAGAAUGCUCAUAAUUCUCCUAGUACCAACAAUAUUAACACUGUCUCGGAUACUGAAUUAAAAACCAGUUCCAUAUCAUCUAUUUUUAAAAUUGUUUAUGGAACUAACUCAAAUUUUAUUGCUGACACAGACCAUACUUCUUAUUCUGAUGUUUUGAUAACCUCUGAAUUUCAUGAUCCACUUGAACUUUGUAGAGCUUAUAUAAUUUUUGAUAACCAAAAUAUUGGUGCUCAGUUCCAACACUCCACUGGAUACAAGUACUCUGAUACUUCUAAGUAUGCCACUGGGUCAGUGGAUGCCCUUGAUGCCAAAGAAUCUGGCUUUUUAAGAGGUUUUUCUAGGGUCCAGAAUCCGAUUGGCAUCAAGGAUCCCUCUCCUUUCGAUAUUCUUUCCAAUCAAAAUAUUCCACUCCCUGGCUUUGAUGUUACAGUGGAAGCUGAGCUACCAGAUGUUGUGAAGUUUGCUAUAUCAUCAGGUGCUGUGAAUCAGUUAUUUAAGUUGCUUGGCAAUUACAAUAGUGCUUCACGAGGUGAAGGGAGAUCUUUGGCAGUACCUAUGAGAGAAAUUACUAGAAGAUCUGAGGUACCAGUUCGGAGAUCAGCAGAGAGACCUGCUUGGAGACCUGAAAGAGGACGACCCGUCAGACUUGAAAGGGGUUAUGCUGUAAAGCCUGCUAGAGAUCAUGCUAUGAUGCCUGCUCAAAGAGUGGCAAUGAUUCCUGCAAGGGGCCGUUCCAUGAGCCCUGCAAGAAGAUACUCUGAGAGGCGUGGUAGAGAACACGCUGAGAGUCGUGCAAGAAGAUACAGUAAUAGACAAGCAAGGUCAAGAACCGUGAGUCCUUUCAGGAUGCAUCCUGUGAGUUCUGCACAGCAAACUGCUCUGCAACAGGCACGAAGACGUCGCAUGAGACACGAAGAAGAAUUUCUUCUGGGAGCUGCAGUGGGACUUACUGUGAAAUCAGCAGAAGGAUAUGAUGAAGAAACUUUCAGAUCUGCCAGACUAUCUACCCAGUUUCCUUCUGAUGAUGAUGAUGAAAAUGAAAGUGGAUCCUCACUCUUAAUGGAUUUACUGAAUUGCUUCAUGAAGGCAAAGGCCCAAAACUGGAUCGAUUCGUCUUGGUUUAGACAUCUCUUGACCACAUUUUUCUCUGAGGAAAACCGUCGUUCUUGGUUUAGAACUCGAUUCUGUUCAAUAGCCUGUACUGACAUAGGCCACGGGAGUUAUGAGGGAUGGAUUUGGCAUAAAAGAGAGUCUAGAGGAAUCUCCUUUUUCAGUUGGAAAAAAUGCUGGUUUAUUUUGAAACACGCAACUCUCUACUGGUUCUCACAUCUCAAUGACACCAAGGCAGAUGGUUUCAUAUACCUACCAGAAUUCCGAAUUGACUUAGCUCCACACUGCCGAAGAGAACAUGCUUUCCAAGCCUCCCAUGCAAGAAUCAAGGAUUUCUACUUUGCUUGUACAUGCUUUGAUGAAAUGAAUUUUUGGCUAUAUCAGAUAGUACAGUUAGCAUUUGGUUCUUCCUUUGGAGAUGCAGCUGCUAAUGAAGAAUACAGACGUGCGAGUUCUAUGAUUUAUGCAAAAUGUGUUAAGUCUUUGAAAAGAGACUUCCCUGUGAUUUGGUGUAACAACUGCCAAGAAGCAACUACCAUUGUUUCCAUGAAUCCAACCUUCCAACACAGAUGUUCUCAAAUUAUUUCUGACGAGUUCAUUUAUUUCCGUCCUAAUAGUGCGGAAAAUCGGGAAAGGGCCAGAAAACAAAAGCAACAGAAUCCAACUUUGACCUCUCAGCAGCCCACCCGUGAAGGUAUCCCUCAGAGGGACUUGGGGCUUACGAAUCAGGAGGCGAUGGUUACCACCCCCCCACUAACUAAGGAGUUAGACAGCAUUGCCCUUGUAAAGCCAAAAACUUCAGGGCUUCUUCGCAUAGAGAAAGUACCAAUUAAGUCUCGAGGGGUCCCAGAAUUGAAACGCUUAGACGUUACAGGAAUUGCCAGCCCAAAUGAAAGGGGGAAUGGCACCGCAAUAUAUGUUGCUGGUGUGCCUGGAAAGGAGGAGCUAGAUGAUACAGAAAUUCCAACUUUGCAUUUCACUGGGUUUGUACACCUGGAGAAUUUAAUAAAUGAAUGUUCACCAUCCUCAGAAUACAGUCGCCCAGCAACCCCAAGAAAUCUGUGGAUGGAAUCUCCAGACAAUGCAGAGUCCCCAGGAAGUGAUGACCUGGAAGUAGCAAGAAGCAUGUAUCCAUUUAGAGAAAGACCCAUCUUCCGGCGUUCCUGGGCAGAGCUCUUAGAGGCACCACUAAACAGUGAGGGGCUCCACAUUCUCCAAACUACUCCCAAGGAAGAAAACAGAGAUAUGGGUUGCAACAAGCUAACAUCAGAAGAAGAAAAUCAAGUAACCAUCCGUCCUCAGGAUCAGCAUUUCCAGGCUCUGCAAGGCCCUUUCCCUUUGUUGCCCGAGCGCCCUAAACUCCAGCGGCAGCGCAGUCGAAGCUUACCAAGAUACAGUGAAAUCAGAGGCCAAUACGUAAAUGUACCUGGAUUCAAAUUAGAUGCAGAAGAAAUUCAUUUCUUCUCACAUGACCGUAAUUUACUAACAGAAGAAAACAUCAAGAAAAGAUAUAAAGUGGAGGAAGCCUGGAAAAGAGCAAUUCCAUCACCUUCUGGAGAACAUCUUCCCAUUGAGCCAAGAUUUGAGGAUCCUGCAAUUCGAGGAAACAUUGCAAUUCCUAAGGAUAAUUCUGCACGGCCCAGAGGCAAUGUUAGAGUCCCCAAGAAUGAUGUCAAUACUAUCCCCAUGGUUAAUGUUGGAAUGCCCAUGGAUAAUCCUCAAGUUCCUAGAGGUAAUGCUGGCAUUCCGAGAGGGGGUGGAUUUGAAGUUUACAAGGGUAAUAGUGGUAGAACUUCCAGACGUAUGGUAUCUUCUCCACUCAUUGAGCUCUCAAAGAUAGGUGAACAUCAGUUAUAAAAACUGAUACUUUAUAAUGCUCUCCAUUGAAGAAACAAACUAAGACACUUAACAUCAAAACACACAUGACAAACUUGACACCUCAAAAUACUAAAUGAGACAUCUAAAUUAUGAAUACACAAUGAACAUAAUUAAUAAACUUGUGAUAGCUAUGUAUUAGAUUGUAGCUAGCUAGUUUAUCUUGUAUGCAGUAAUCAACUGUAUAUGAAAUAAUCUAGUUGAAGGAUUGUGUUGUAGAUGUGGACUUCUUCAUUAAACAAAAUUUCAAUUUUCAAAUGACAAUGUCUCCUAGUAAUUUCAAGUCCUCUUGGAUACUUUGAUAGACAAAUGAAAAUGAUCUCAGAGGUAUUGGGAUUUAUUUUGAUGAGUCUAGCUUAAUGUUGAAGACAUUUGUUGAAAGCUAGAAUCCAGGAGAUUUAGCAGAAGAUUCUUGAAUAUAGUACUUCUCUGAACUAUUUUAAAAAGACAUCUGUAGAAAAGUUCACUAACAAGAGUAUUUAAAUAUGCCUAUUUCUGUUCUUUGACUUAUACACAGCAAUGUUGUAAAUAUUUAUGGGAAUCCUUAAAAAUACAAGGAGACAAAUAACUGUAGAACUGUAAAUAUCAUAUGUGGUUGUUAUGUUAAUAAUAUAAGACAACAACAGCACCACAGGAUGACUAAUAUAUUGCAUGCUAAAACUAUGUUUUUGGUUUGAAAGUUAAUUUUUUACCUUUCCCAGUCACUCUGUUGAUUUGCAUAAAAAGAUUCAGGGUAGAAGAUAAAAAUUAUUGAACUACUUUAUGAGAUGAAUGAAUAGGAUGCUUUUCCCAGAAAAAUGAAGAUAGCAUUUCAUUGGCCCAAAUGAUCAGCCCAGUAUUAAAAUUACUGAGCCCUACUGAUGUAUAAAAGAUGGCUUUCUGUAACAUGCAUUUCACAAAUCUUGUAAGGUAAAUAAAGUAUCACCAGAAGGUUAUGAGAUUAACUGACAAAUUACUUGGAAAAGUAAUCUCAUUACUUUGUAUUCAUACAUAAUAUAACAUUUGUGCUGAGAUUUAGGGUACAUGGGCCACUAUUCAAUUUGUACAUUUAAAUUUUCAACUUUCCUGAAUAAUGGUUGCUGUUGUUUUUACAAAACCAAGGGCAAUUUGAAUAAUAGGUUACCACCUAACCCCUUAUUGUGUGCCUUAACACAUAGUGCAAGGGGUGGCAAUCUUUGGACUGAAGGCAAACUCUUGCCUUGUUCAUAACUCUUGCCUCUGAGGAAGGAGGUAAAGAGGCUGGCUAGCCUCCCUCCCUUCAAUCCCCAUGGUUCAGCAUGUGCUUUAUGAACCAGGGCAUUGACCUCAUAAAAUAAGGAAAGGUAGUGAGAUUAUUUUCUCCUACUUAUUACCAACCCAGAAGAUGGGAUACCAUUUCAGACUUGAGUAACCUGAGUUUUACAUAGUGUGGCAAAACCACAGAAAUAACAGAAGGAUAUAGGCUACCAUACUUGAGUUACUGACAAUACUUGACUGAGAAUAAAAAAACAAACUGACAGAUCACCUUGUCACAUUGACUUUAAGAAACAGAACUCUUGCAUUCUAAUUUUAAAGGAAACCACCUUGUGAGUGAAAAAAACUAUUAAGUUCAAUAGAAACUGAGAAAUAACUUGCUAAGAACUAAUGUUUAUAAAAAACAAGUAGAAAAAAGACAGUAAACAAAAUUUGGUUCAAUUAUAUAUAACACUCAUAUAUAAUUGAAGAUAGUCACGAAAACACCAACAUCAUCAUCAACAAAACCCUGCUAUGUGAAUAUUAUUCCUCAUGAUCCAUAUGAUUUUGGAUAUUGUGUUUAGUGGCUUAAAACUUAAAUAUAAAAUAUAUGUAAAGUGGCCAGCUGCUUCUCUGUACAUAUUUAAGAAAUUAAAUGAAACUGUCAAGUAAAAAUCGAACAUGAAAAUGGUCUAAGAAGAUGGUUCUUAAUCCUGUAAUAGAAGUUCCUUAUAGCCUUGGUUUUAUCCUUCUAAAUACUGUUAGUAUUUAAUUAACUGAGCAAUGCAUAUGUUCAGUAGCACAUAAUUACUUAUUUUCAAAGAUUAUACCCUAUCUUCCUAGGGUUCUCCAUAUCAAAUUAAUUCUCUAAGUCACUCAAUAACAUCAUAAUUCUACAAAAGAGAGACUAAAGAACAUAGUUUUUUAAUAAGAAAACUUCAUAAAAAUUCAUAUAACUGUCAGAAAAGCUUCAUUAAUUACAUAUUAUAUAUCCAUCUAAUCAUUAUGUUUUAAGCAUGUUUUAGAAGUAAAAACCCAAAAUACAGCAAAGUGCUUUUGGCAUAUCAUAGGUUACAAAGUAUAUGUGCCUUUUCCAGUAUAUAUUUCAAAAGCAGAGAGAGUCACUGAUGUGGAAGACAAUUUUAUGGAAAAUGAGAGGAACUCUAAGAAAACAAAAAUUAAAAUAAAACUUUAGCUUUAAAGUAAAUGAAAUUCUGCUUUAUUAUUUUGAAGAGAAUAUUUUUAUUUAUUGCUGUUUUGAAACUCCUUAUUUAAUUAGUUAAUAAAAUGAACAAAUAACCCUAAAGUUUAUUCUGUCCUCAAAUACACUAAUCCCUAUAAGUGUCCCCCCUCAAUCCAACCUAACUCCAAUUCAUCCUUUACCUUUCUUAUACCCAACCCACUUCUCCGUAUCCUCCAUACCUCAUCCACACUGUAGCUCUUUCCUCACCCCUACACUAUUUUGAGUAUCUUCUCUGCUUUCCUCCUCUUCCCAUCUAAUUCCACAAUGACACUGUCUCCAUGUUCACUACACCCUAUUUAUUAUCAUCCUUUCCCCAAGCCUAUUCCCAAGCCUCAUUCCAACUCCCACCAUACUCUUACUCUCCCCUAUCUCAAGUCUCCCCCACCUUUCACCCUUAAACUCCACUCCAGCACUAAUCAUAAAUUCUCCCCACCUUUUAAACUUCACGAGCCAUGAUAGAAUGAAUAUUAAGGUAAAGACCAUGAAUGUAUUUUAUUUUUUAUAAAUCAACCUUUGUUGAUUUAUAAAAAAUAAAAUCCAAAUGUUCUAUAUUUUCCAUACUGUAUCAAGGUAUCCAAAAUUGUAACAUCCAUAGUAUUAAAACAUCUGGAUAGGAAUAAUGAUGUGAUAAUGUAGGGAUCAGAAAACCAUGUACUCCCCAGACAAAAAUUCCUUGAUAUUUAAAAUAAUGCUGACUUAUUCUAGCCUUUCAAAGAUUAUGAAAACAUACACAGCAUAAAAUAUUUAAAGAAAUAUUUUAGUUUUAAAUUUUAAGUUUUGUAUGUCUUUGA